UGGUCAGUGGUUAAUCACAGUAGGGAGUUUUCAAUUUGGUGCUCAUUUAGAGCUGUGAUAGAAAUUGUUGUCCCACUUAGGUCGCUUAAAUGAGUGUUUUGCGAUUUAUGUGUCAACUCUUGCUUCUCCAGUAUCAUAAAAUUUUGGUUGUUUGGGGGGUCUUAGUGAAAGACUGAGAGGGGUUAGAAAAUGUGUAUGCUGUAUGUAGGCAUGUAAGACUACAAUAGAGGCAUGUCGAUGGGGCGCUCUCUUAUGGGGCGUGCUUGAGUUUGAGUCUUACUGCUGCGAGUUGCACUUUUUGCCCUCCCAAUAUAUUUGUACAGACAGAGAGUCAAGGGGCAGGACUGUUUGUCCCAACAAAAAGAAAAAAUCCUAUAUGUACAUAUAUGUAUAUAUGAUGACAUAUGUAUGGACGUUAGGCGCAGUUUUGAGUCACAGAAGAGUAACUGUAAGGCUGUGUAAAUUUUCCACUUUUUAAUCACUCUCUCCCUUUGUAAUGGAGACACCAUUCAAAACCUUACGUCACGUUGUUCCUGGUAGCGAGAACUUUCUGGAAUUUUAACGUUUUUGACGUCAGAAGACAUGGAUGCAGAAGAUGAAAGCAUGUCUGGGUAAAAUAGUGAUGUCGCUGGUUUCCUGUUGCUUCUGUGACCAUGCCCUUUUACUGUGUACAGAACAUAGAUCCAGGUCAAAAAAAGAGUCUCAGUCAAGCAGUUGCUUUUGCUCCCUACCCCACCAGAAAGUGAAAUGACACACACACACAUUGUCUCGUCAGAUCCCUUUCUUGUUUCAAAACAAAAACGUCCUCUCUCUCUCUCUCUCUCUCUCUCCCUGUUCUUUACUGCUUCUACGGUUGGUGGGGUAGACUAUGUUUCCUUUGUCAGGAUUCUCUUGCACUGCGUUUGAGGGCUACAAAUAAAGGGGUGGAAAUCCCACAAACCCAAUUAAAAAAACUAAAUCCAGAAUUCUCUCUCUCUCUCUCUCUCUCUCUCUACUUAAGGAGCUGCCUUCCCUUUGAUUUGCUCUCACAGAAGAAAGACAUACAUGGCAAAGAGCUCCGAGGACUUGUCAUCCAAGAGGCACUUCCACUGGACGACAAAAGUUACUAAUGAAGAAGAACAAGCAGCUCCAAGUCUGAUAAAGCCCUCAAAGAAAACUGUAGAAGACACAAAGGAAGAGAAGGCUCAUAAAAAGGAGCCAAAUUCAGAAGGACCAGAACGAUUGGUUUCAUCAUCAUCACAAAGAAGGAAACUGCAAGCCAUAGCAGUUUCCAGGCUUCGAUCCCUCGCCACUGCAUUCCGAAAAAGCCGGUCCCACUCCUCACCGCUCGGUCUAGGCCAGAAAGUCGUUGGUACUCUUUUCGGGCACCGGCGAGGCCACGUGAAUUUCGCAUUCCAAAAGGACGCUACAUCGGAGCCGUCGGUCUUGAUCGAGCUGGCGACCCCAAUUAGCGGAUUGGUGAAGGAAAUGGUGUCUGGAUUGGUCCGAAUCGCUCUGGAGUGUGAUAAGGAAGAGGGAGGGGAGAAGAAGACGGCGGCAGGGGUAGCAGAUGGGCCAAGGCGGCUGCUGGAGGAACCACUGUGGAGGACUUACUGUAACGGGAAGAAGUGCGGGUUUGCCACGAGGCGGGAGUGUGGGAUUAAAGAGUGGAAGAUAUUGAAAGCUCUGGAGCCAAUAUCAACGGGGGCUGGGGUGCUGCCAGGGAGUAAGAAGGGAGAGGAGGGAGGAGGAGGAGAGGGUGGUGAUCAGGAGGAGGAGGCAGAGGUGAUGUACAUGAGGGCCAAGUUUGAGAGGGUGGUGGGGUCUAGGGAUUCUGAGGCUUUUUACAUGAUGAACCCUGAUAGUAAUGGUGCUCCUGAACUUAGUAUUUACUUGCUCAGAGUCUAGAUGACAACAGCCUCUUAGUUUCUGUUUUUUCUUCUUUACUGUAGACUAAGGAUACUAGUAAAAGUAGUGAUACUUCUUUAGCUGUUGAGCCAAGAACAUGGAGAUCUACUUCUCUCUUGAAUCUCUUCUCUUCCCCCCUUUUUUUCUGGCGGUUUCUUGGGUUCUUGUAUCUUUUUCAUUUUUGGUUCUGAAGAAAUGGAAAGUGGGUUUUUGCAUCGA